AUGCAUCAGGGCUGCCCGUGGUUUGCACUAUCUCCACACCGGUGCCAAGCACACUAUUAUUCACCGGGAUGUGAAGACGAUAAACAUUCUUCUGGACGGGAAGUGGGUGGCGAAAGUUUCCGAUUUUGGAUUGUCGAAAAUCGGCACACAUUGGAUCAUACUCAUGUGAGCACUGUCGUGAAGGGUAGCUUCGGCUAUUUGGACCCCGAGUAUUUCAGAAUACAGCAGCUAACCGAUAAGUCUGAUGUUUACUCUUUUGGGUUUGUCAUGUUCGAAAUCCUUUGCACACGCCCUGCAUUGAAUCCUACGCUGCCAAAGGAGCAAGUAAGCCUUGCAGAGUGGGUCGCACAUUGUUACAAGAAAGUAGAUUUUACUUCUCUUUUCCUCUCCUUCGCAGCCAUGGAGAAUUCAACCUUCGAUUUCAAUCAUCCGUUAUUCCUGUAUGCCAUGGAGCGAUUUGCCAAGGUUGAUGGUUCCAGAUCGUUCUUCCUUCACCGAGAAAUCACGCUCCUCAAUCAAGGUGAUUCUUCCAUCUCAACAUAUUUCACUCGAUUAAAAUCGCUAUGGGACGAGUAUGAAGCCUUGGCUCCCAUUUCCCCUUGUGGUUGUGCUCUUUCACAACGCACAACAGCUCACUACACACAACAGAAAUUAUUUCAAUUUCUCAUGGGUCUCAAUGAGACGUUUACUGCUGUGCGGAGUCAAAUUCUGCUUAUGCAGCCAUUGUCGACUGUCAAUAUGGCAUAUUCGAUGCUGGUUCAGGAGGACUCGCAGAGGGUUCACUAUUCUGCCCUUUCUUCAAUCUUUGAGGUCUCGACUUUAUACUCUAUCUCUGCUGGGACUAUUGAUCGGAAAAAAUUCUCUGGUGUGUGUGAUUACUGUAAAAUUCGAGGGCAUAAGCGUGAGAAUUGCUACCGGUUGAUAAGAUUCCCGGCUGAUUUUAAGUUUUCCAAGAAGAAAUGUGGUCGGGUUGCUUUGGCCUCUACUAGGUCUCCUCUCGGGUCUCACAAUCAUUCAAGUUCUGAGUCCCAACCUGAAGCAGUCUCCAAUGUUCCUAUGUUUACAAAGGCUCAGUAUGAUCAGAUACUUCAUCUCUUGAACACGGCGCCUUCUGUGGAUACAGUGACACAUGCUGCAGCAAAUACUAUAGGUAUUAACGCUGCCACUACCAAUUUUUCUUUCAAUUGGAUAUUAGACUCAGGGGCCACUGACCAUAUGUUAUCAGAUUUUAAUAGACUAAAAUCUCAUGUUCCAUGUACAUCAGCUUCUAGACUUGUACACUUACCUAAUGGCCAAACAUCUCCCAUAACACAUAUAGGUUCUGGUUACCUUGACCAGAAUAAUACCCUUAAGAAUGUCCUGUAUAUACCAAAUUUUGCACAUAACCUUCUAUAUGUUUCCAAACUGACCAAAGAGCUUAAUUGUACUGUUUCCUUUUAUCCUGAAUUAUGCAUUUUACAGGAUCUAUCCACUGGAAAGAUGAAGGGGAUUGGUAGAGAGUCUCGUGGGCUGUAUUUUUUUGAUUCUUCAACUUUUGAUUCUGGUAUUUUUUCUGUUCCUCACUGUCAUUCCUUUUCUUGUACUCCUGCUUUGGGUUCUUCAAAAUGUAUGAAUCUUUCAACUAUUAAUAAUACAAAGAUUUGGCAUGCUCGUUUAGGACACCCCUCUUUCUCUAGUUUACAUAAAAUCCCAUAUUUACAAUCUUAUAAGUUUGAUGUUGACAGUGUCCAUAAAUGCUCUAUUUGUCCUCUUGCUAAACAAUCUAGGUUACUCUUUCCCCACAGUAUAUCUAGAGCUUCUACACCUUUUGAUUUGAUACAUAUUGACUUAUGGGGACCCUAUAGGAUUUCCACUCAUAGUGGUCAUAGGUCUUUUCUCACCAUUGUUGAUGAUCACACAAGGGUGUCUUGGAUUUUUUUGUUGAGGCUUAAGAGUGAUGCAAUCCUUUCUUUAAAACAAUUCUUUGCCUAUGUAAGAAAUCAUUUUUCAGUCACAAUUAAAUUCAUUAGAAGUGACAAUGGUUCUGAGUUUUUUGCUAGUGAGUGUUCUUCUUUUUUUUCUUCAUUGGGUAUUAUUCAUCAAAGUUCCUGUGUUCAUACUCCUCAACAAAAUGGUAUUGUUGAAAGAAAACACAAGCAUUUGUUAGAGGUAGCUAGAGCUCUCAAAUUUCAUUCCCAAGUUCCUGUUAAGUUUUGGGGGGAAUGUGUCAACACAACCUGUUAUAUCAUUAACAGGUUGCCUUCUUCUUCUUUAGCUGGAAAAUGUCCCUUUGAACUUCUUCAUGGUAAACCUCCAAAUUUGUCUCAUAUGAGAAUUUUUGGUUGUUUAUGUUAUGCCACUCAACCAAACUACAAGGACAAGUUCUCUCCAAAAGCAAUACCUUCUAUCUUUACGGGUUAUUCUGUCACUCAAAAAGGUUACCUCUUGUUUAAUCUUGAAAAACAAACAUUCUUUGUUAAUAGAGAUGUAAAGUUCCAUGAGGACAUUUUUCCCUUCAAGUUUCCCAUUUCUUCUUCUUCCCUAUUUUUUCCUAUUCAAGAACUUUCUGACUCUGAUUUUCUGGUCAUGCCCUCUCACACCCAAGCUCAUGUACCUUCUGUGUCUACAUCACCUCAAGCUUCAACAAAUAAUUUUUUUUUACCUCCUCCUUCACCUCAACCCAUUAUUUCUGAUGACUCUUCAUCAAGUAGCAUUUCUAUCCCUCCUAGGCAGUCUACUAGGGUCAAAAAACAGCCUGCUUGGUUACAUGAUUUUGUGCAGUCCUACCAAUCUUCUCUCUUCCAACUUUAUCUUUCUUCUAUCUCUCAUUUGGUUGAGCCUAAGACAUAUGCUGAAGCCAUUCAAAAUCCUGAGUGGAUUAAAGCUAUGAAUGAAGAGAUUUUAGCCUUGGAAUCUAAUAAUACCUGGUGA